AUGGCGUCUGAUUCGGUGUACAAGCCCGCCCUGAUAAUUGUUGACUUCCAAGAGGACUUUUGCCCUCCAAAUGGCUCCCUCGCAGUCCCUCAAGGCCGCGACAUCGCCCCCGUCGUAAACUCCCUCCUCACACUCCCCUUCGCCCUCAAACUCGCCACCCGCGACUGGCACCCCCCAAACCACAUCUCCUUCGCCGAAAACCACCCCGGCGCAGAGCCCCUCAAAUCAUACCACACAAUCGUCCACCCCACAGACCCAACCAAGAGCGACACGACGCUCCUCUGGCCGAGACACUGCGUCCAGGGCACCCAGGGCGCGGAACUCGUGCCCGAGCUGGACGUCGACAAGGUCGAUGAGGUGCUGGACAAGGGGCUGGACGCGAGGGUCGAGAUGUACUCUGCGUUUUGGGAUCCCAUGAGGGUGAGCGUGAGUUCGUUGGGGAGCACGCUGAGGAGCAAGGGCGUGACGGAUGUGUUUGUGGUGGGGUUGGCGGCGGAUUACUGCGUCAAGGCGACGGCGGUGUCGGCUGUCGAGGAGGGCUACCGGACGUUUAUCGUGGAAGAGGGCACGAGGCCUGUGAUGAAGGAGACGUGGGAGAAGGAGGGGAAGAAGGAAGUUGAAGCGAAGGGUGUCAAGAUUGUGAGUGUUGAUGGAGAGGAGAUUGCGAGGGUUCGGAGGCUGGCGUGA